AACGGUGACUGAAUUAGCCAGCUGCCAUUUUAGAGCAAACGUUCAAGUGAUUAAAUGGACAUAGGGAUAAGCGGAGGGGCGUGGUUCGUGUGCGUGAGAGAGGCGAUUCGGCGGCAGGGCGGGAGAGAGGGCGGGAGAGAUUGGGAUUAGGCGGCAACAAGGGGAUUACACGCCCGGCGCUCGGACACUACCCCCAGUCCAACCUGGUGGAGGGUUGGCGCUGCACCGCAGGCGCUUGACCCCGCGGAUCCGGGACCCGCGUGCAGCCAGCGCACGGAAACAUGGCCGACGUCCCUCAGCUGGUGAAAAUCGGGAUUUCUCUGAAGAUGCUCCCCAACAACACCGCUGUGUAUUUCAAGUCCGACGGGGCUCGGUUCGGACAGACGCGGACUAUCAAACUGCUGACCGGGUCCAAGUACCGGAUCGAGGUGGUGGUGAAACCGGGAGCGGUCCAAGCCACGUCGAUGACUGUGGGCGGAGUGACGUUCCCUCUGGAGCAACAGUCCAAAGAUCCGCAGUCUGUCGUCUACUCUGGUCAGUACGAGACGGAAGGACUGGCUCACACCAAGAGUGGAGAGAGGCAGCCGGUUCAGAUAAGCAUACAGUUCACCGAGGCCGGCUUGUUUGAAACAGUGUGGCAGGUCAAGUACUACAACUACAACAAGAGGGACCACUGUCAGUGGGGCAACAGCUUCAACAGCAUCGAGUACGAGUGCAAACCCAACGACACGCGCACGCUGAUGUGGAUCAACAAGGAGACCUUUCUCUGACCGGUCUUCAGCGCUAACUGACACCAGCAAGGUCCACUUCAUGUUUAACUCUGCUGUUCCUCAUCGUGAUAAAUACUUGUUGUGAUCGCCAGGUGCUUCGUGGUCCACAGUAUUGGAAGCCAGUUUUGCUGCUGUAUUGUGUGCACGUGUGGUGGUGUCUUCCUGGUGAGACCAGUCGAUGCAACAAAGGAGUCUUGUUGUGACUCUGUAAUAUUGCAGUUUAUUCGCUGCCACCCGCUGACUCUCGGCUGGCGUAACAUAGUGAAGCGUGUGUCUCUAUGUUUGCCUUUACAUGAUGGUGCUGUAGAGUGUCAUGUGUUUUCUACUGGGCUUGAAGAUGUGUUGACCUUCGGCUGGUGGAAACACACUCUUGUUGUUCAGUAGAACCCAGUCGUGCACUGUAUCGUUGGUGUGCUUAGUGUUGUAAAUCAGACUUGUGUUUACAUAAUGAGGAAGCAAAACCAAUGUCGAAACAAUUCACUAGUAUAAUUUGUAGCAUUGAAUGGCAGUGUGACCAAGGUCAUUUGUUAAAUUGAGAACAAAUCUAGCUAGAAAUCUGAAUUAUGUCGUACUGUACAUGUUUAAUUUGAAAUAACGAUAUCAUUUAUUGAAUUGAAUAAUUUGCUUCUCAAUGGGAAACGCUUUUUUUAACAUUUCGGCAAAUUUUGAAAUGUUGAUUUUAAUGUUUAUUCUGUCAUACUGAUGCCAAAAUGAUGACAAAAGAUCGUUUUUAAUUUGUCAACUUUAACAAGUCAGAAAUAAAGAGACAUAUGAAGAGA